AUGGCUGGACUACAGAGGUCAGAAAUGUCAUUCAGGAGACAAGGCUCAUCAGGGUUGGUUUGGGACGACAAACUGUUAUCUGGGGAGUUGAGGAGGAUAUCAACCAGCAAAGAUGAUGAGGCUCAGCAGCAGAAAGAAACAAAAGUAGAACCAAGAGAAGCAAAAACAAGUGCUUAUCGGACAGUUAACCUUGAACCAGCUUUUGAUCCACCUUCUCCUAGGGUCUCUGGUUGUUGUGGCAUAUUUGGCGGCAAGCCAGCAUCCAAAUCCCAGAAGAGAAAACAUGGCCACCGUAAGUCCUAG